UUUUUUUUCAAUUGCAGUACACAAAAUGUCGAACAACAACCAGCAGAAGCCCCUGCCCUUCCAGUACCAGUUCAUGGCUGGUGCGGUGGCUGGUGUGUCCGAGAUUCUAGUCAUGUACCCACUUGACGUGGUGAAGACGCGAGUCCAGCUACAAACCGGCCCCGCGACGGCAGGCGGCGACCACUACAACGGCAUGUUCGACUGCCUGCGCAAGAUCGUGAAGAACGAAGGCUUCUCGCGCCUAUACCGCGGCAUCUCGGCCCCAAUUCUAAUGGAAGCGCCUAAGCGCGCAACCAAGUUCGCAGCGAACGACAGCUGGGGCAGCUUCUACCGCAACCUCUUCGGCGCAGCGGAGCAAACGCAAUCCCUGGCCAUCCUGACGGGCGCCACAGCGGGCGCGACCGAGUCGUUCGUGGUGGUGCCGUUCGAGCUGGUCAAGAUCCGGCUGCAGGACCGCGCAUCGGCGGGCAAGUACAACGGGAUGCUGGACGUGGUGCGCAAGAUCGUGGCGGCGGAGGGACCGCUGGCGCUGUACAACGGGCUGGAGUCGACGCUGUGGCGGCACAUCCUGUGGAACGCGGGCUACUUCGGGUGCAUCUUCCAGGUGCGGGCGCAGCUGCCUGCGGCGGCGCCGGGCAACAAGGCGCAGCAGACGCGCAACGACCUGAUUGCGGGCACGAUCGGCGGCACGGCGGGCACGCUGCUGAACACGCCCAUGGACGUCGUCAAGAGCCGCAUCCAGAAUACCGAUAAGGUGCCGGGCCAGGUGCCCAAGUACAACUGGGCGUGGCCUGCUGUUGGGACGGUGAUGAAGGAGGAGGGCUUCGCGGCGCUGUACAAGGGGUUCAUUCCCAAGGUGCUGCGGUUGGGGCCUGGUGGGGGCAUUCUGUUGGUCGUGUUCACUGGGGUUAUGGAUUUCUUUCGCAAGAUGCGCGAGGAGUAGAUUUUAUUCAUUGAUAGACGGACAGGAUAGGAGAUUAGAGGGGUCUCUGUGCAAUAGACGGUUGAUUGCAUUCCAUGCGAAUAGUGUAAUUGUCACGGUUUAUCAAGG